UUAAACCCUAAACCUCCGCCGACCGCGACCGCCGCGCGCCACCGCGCGCCGCCGCCUUCUCCCAACUCCCCGCUCCCCGAAAUGGCCAUGGCUUCCAUCGCGACGAGAGCCAGGAAGCCGAACCUCCUCCCCUGGCGGUCCCUGAGCUUCCGCGCGACCCGCGGUGGCCGCCUCGGCCUCGCCUCCUUCUCUUCCUCCUCUUCCACGCUGUCCGACCCCGAGCUCGAGCCGCCGCCGCCGCCGCCGCCGCCGUCGCCUUCUCCCGCCGCGGGUGCCAAGGUCCUGGAGAGCUUCACGGAGGAGUUCGAGAUCGGCUCCCGCCUGAUCACGCUCGAGACCGGGAAGAUCGCCCGGUUCGCGAACGGCGCCGUCGUGCUGGGCAUGGAAGACACCAAGGUCCUGUCCACCGUCACGUCCUCCAGGGGCGAUGCUGUCGGGAGCUUCUUGCCUCUCACUGUUGAUUAUCAAGAGAAGCAGUAUGCCCAAGGUCUGAUCCCAAAAACAUAUACGCGGCGAGAGGGUGCUCCAAAAGAGCGUGAACUUUUAGUUGGUCGACUUAUUGAUAGACCAAUAAGACCGUUAUUUCCUGCUGGGUUUUUUCAUGAAGUCCAGGUAAUGGCAAGCGUUCUUUCCUCUGAUGGGAAACAAGAUCCAGAUGUAAUGGCAGCUAAUGCAACAUCUGCUGCUCUUAUGUUAUCAGAUAUCCCUUGGGGAGGUCCAAUUGGAGUGAUACGCAUAGGGAGGAUUUGUGGGAAGUUCAUCAUUAAUCCCACCAUGGAGGAGCUCAAUUUAAGUGACCUGAAAUUACUAUACGCAUGCACAAAGGACAAAACUUUGAUGAUAGACGUGCAAGCUCGUGAGAUAUCAGAGAAAGAUUUAGAAGCUGGCUUGAGACUAGCGCAUCCAGAGGCUGUGAAGUACCUUGAACCUCAAAUGAGAUUGGCUGCGAAAGCUGGCAAAACUAAGAAGGAAUAUAAGCUGUCUAUGAUCUCAGAUAGAACUCUCGAAAAAGUUCGCAACCUGGCAGAAGCUCCUAUUGAAGCUGUUUUUACUGAUCCUUCAUAUGGCAAGUUUGAACGUGGAGAAGCCUUGGACAACAUAACCCAAGAUGUAAAAAAAGCACUUGAAGAAGAAGGUGAUGAAGAAAGCUUAUUGGUGUUGCCUAGAGCAGUAGAUACUGUGAGGAAGAAGGUUGUCCGCAAGAGGAUAAUUGCAGAAGGACUUAGAGUUGAUGGCAGACGCCUUGACGAAGUCAGACCUGUGUACUGCGAAGCUGGCUAUCUGCGUAUGUUGCAGGGAUCAUCGAUAUUUUCUCGCGGAGAUACGCAGGUGCUUUGUACUGUGACAAUUGGUGCCCCAGGGGAUGCUCAAAAGUUGGAUUCAAUUGUGGGUCCCCCAAGCAAGCGUUUUAUGCUUCAUUAUACCUUUCCGCCAUUUUCAAUUAAUGAGGUUGGCAAAAGAGUUGGGCUAAAUAGACGUGAAGUUGGGCAUGGAACUCUAGCUGAGAAAGCCCUCCUUGCAGUUUUACCUCCUGAAGAUUUCUUCCCCUAUACUGUGCGUGUUAAUUCAGAAGUCAUGGCCUCUGAUGGUUCAACGUCAAUGGCAACUGUCUGUGGAGGCAGUAUGGCGCUCAUGGAUGCUGGCAUUCCAUUAAGAGAACAUGUAGCAGGUGUUUCAGUGGGUCUUGUCAGUGAAGUUGAUCCAGUGACGGGGGAAAUAACUGAUUACCGGAUACUUACUGAUAUACUUGGUCUGGAAGAUCAUCUCGGAGAUAUGGACUUCAAAAUUGCUGGCACUAGAAAGGGAGUUACGGCUAUUCAACUGGACAUAAAACCAGCUGGAAUACCUCUGGACAUCAUUUGUGAAUGUUUAGAACCUGCUCAUAAAGGUCGUCUGCAAAUUUUGGGCCACAUGGAGAGAGAAAUCAGAUUACCGCGUACCCAAGAUGAUAGAAAUACUCCUCAAUUAGCAACUCUGAAGUUCGGCAAUGAAGCUCUCCGUCGUUUGAUUGGCCCUCUUGGUGUUUUAAAGAGAAGGAUUGAGGAGGAAACAGGUGCACGAUUAUCUGUGAGUGAUGGAACACUGACCAUAGUUGCUAAGAACCCAACUGUAAUGGAGAAGGUGCAAGAAAAGAUUGAAUUUACCGUUGGCCGUGAGAUGGAGGUUGGAGGUACUUACAAAGGCAUUGUAACUUCAGUCAAGGAAUAUGGUGCUUUUGUGGAGUUAAAUGGUGGCCAGCAAGGCCUGCUGCACGUUUCUGAGUUAUCACAUGAACCGGUAUCUCGAGUUUCGGAUGUUGUUUCGGUGGGCCAGCAGCUGACAGUCAUGUGCAUAGGGCAGGAUGUCCGUGGCAAUAUUAAAUUAUCCCUCAAAGCAACUUCACCCCGACAAGCAUCAGAGCCAAAUAAUGUAGUUAAGCAAGCUGUUCCUAUAUGGCCGUCUGUCAAAGAUGGGCCUAGUAGUCAAGAACAAGAUUCCAAGGAAGAGAGUUCUUCCCAAAGCAUGGAGAGCUAUACAUCCCGUGCACCAUCUAUCUUAAUUCGAAGUGCUGCUGAGUGUGAGGAAGAGGAGAAAUCUGCUGGUCUGCUUGAAACUCUGAAAAAUUCUAAGUUGAGUAAGAAGUCAGCGAGUUCUACUGAGAAGAGAAGCGAAUUAAAGUCCACUUUCACUGGAGAAGGUGAUGAAGAAACUGAGAAAGAGGCUCCCACUGCCAAGAAUUUGAAGCUUGGGAUGAGGGUAACUGCCAAGGUCCAUAAAGUUCUUGGACGAGGGUUAGUCCUUGACUUGGGUAAUGGUGUUCGUGGAAUGUACCGGUUUGAGGGAGAAGGGAAGGCGGACUAUGAAGUAGGUGAUUUGCUGAGAGUGGUGUGUACAAGCUUCUCCAGCAAGGGAGUUCCUGUUAUGUCUCUUUUGAAAGACGAUUAGAGCUGUAUAUCCUCCUGCCGGCUCAAAGGAAAGAGCCAUCAAUCGAUUGUAGAGGCAAUCUCGCUCCAGCUGCUCAGGUGCAUGUGUUAGCUGGUCCUAAUUUCUGGUGCCAACCCACUAGCGACUCUUCAUGAAGCCUCCGGAGAUGAGUGAAAUGCUCUGGUGCUGCAAGUUUCCCCUUUGUGUUAGUGGGCGCUGAUCUCAGGUGCUAACCCGAAACCGAGGGUCCCAGGAUCAGACAAUGGACUUUGCUAGCCAUGAAAUUUUUUGUUAGGUAGCUAUUGUCACAAUAUAUUUAUUCUUUAGCUGCUGUAUAUUCAUAGCUUUGAUUUCCAAGACGGCAUACUGGAGAACGGUUACUCCAAGCCUGUAAAGGUAGAGCAUUUUUUCGCCGGCGGAAAUAAAAUGCGUUUUCACAGGGUUUUCACGGUAUUCA